GCCCGCCCGGCUGCACCAUGCCUGCCCGCCCGGGCCUGGGCCUGCUCGCUGCCGCCCUCCUCGGCCUGCUGCUGCUCGGCCUACCCCCGGUCACAGGUGCAGCAGCAGAAAAAACAGGGGUGUGCCCCCAGCUAACGGAGGGCCAGAACUGUACACAGGAGUGCAAGUCCGAUGGCGAGUGCGCGGACAACCUCAAGUGCUGCCCAGCCGGCUGCGCCACCAUUUGCCAGAUGCCCAAUGAAAAGCAGGGCUCCUGCCCCCAGAUGGAAUCUGGGAUCCCCCAGCUCGGCCUCUGCGUAGACCAGUGCCAGGUGGACAGCCAGUGUUCCGGCCAGUUGAAAUGCUGCCGCAAUGGUUGUGGGAAGAUAUCCUGUGUCACACCUGUCUUCUGAGCCCGGAACAGUGCAGUGCAAGUGUAGAAGUUUCUGCCUGGCCCUGUCUCGCUCCCGCCCAGCUUCUGCCCCUUCCUGGCCUCUGCACUCCCUCCUGACCACAGCUCGUCCUCUUCCAACCAAUAAAGUGACCACUUCCAGCACUGGUGGGGCGGUAACCUCGU